AUCUUUGUGCUUUAUUCUAAUGCCGACUAUUUGGGAACGUUCACAUUUGUGUUUUCAACAGCACUUUGUCUUUACAAUCUCUACGUGAUUGGGAAACGAUGGUACAAUAAUAUUGAUGGUCGUUUUGACAUGCGCCAAAUGGUAAGAGAGCCGGACAAAGUGUUCACACCAGCGGUCAUCGGUUUAAUGGUCUAUUUGAUGGUCCGUUUUCCUAAUGGAAACUUCUUGUGGGCGUUAUCGUGUUGUGUCCAAAUUACGGCAGCCUUAAUAUUAAUCUUCGCUGAAGUUUAUGAAGUAUUCGUCAAA